AUGCUACCUUCUGAUAUAAUGAGGGAUUUGCAGCGGGCUGUAUAUGUAAAGGAGAACCGGAUUGAGUACCCGUGACUCCUGAGGAGGAACAUGGCUACCGUGGACACAAUGUCAGAGGCCUCUGAGGUGGGAGACAACAGCGAGUUCACUGACAUCAUCAAAUGGAGAUCAGAUGAACAUGAUGCCGUACAGAAGAAAACCUUCACGAAGUGGAUCAACGCACAGUUCUCGAAGACGGGGAAGACGCCCAUCAAAGACAUGUUCUCUGACCUGAGAGACGGCAGGAAACUCCUCGAUCUCCUGGAGGGGCUGACUGGAAACACACUGACCAAAGAGCGAGGCUCUACCAGAGUUCACUCCCUCAACAACGUCAACCGUGUGCUGCAGGUGCUUCAUCAGAACAGCGUGGACCUGGUGAAUAUCGGUGGGACUGAUAUUGUCGAUGGGAAUCAUAAGCUCACGCUAGGACUCAUCUGGAGUAUCAUUCUGCACUGGCAGGUCAAGGACGUCAUGAAGGAUGUGAUGUCCAGUCUUCAGCAGACCAACAGUGAGAAGAUUUUACUGAGCUGGGUGAGGAACUGCACCCGCAACUAUAACGGCGUUAAUGUGCUCAACUUCACCACCAGCUGGGCGGACGGCCUGGCCUUCAACGCCAUCUUACACCACUUCAGGCCUCAUGGAUUCAGCUGGGAGGAAGUAGUUCAUCUAACUCCAGUAGAGAGGCUGGACCAUGCUUUCACAUUCGCCAAAGAUCAGCUCAACAUUGAGAGACUACUGGAUGCAGAAGAUGUGGCGGUGCAGUUGCCGGAUAAGAAGUCCAUCAUCAUGUAUGUGACCUCACUCUUUGCCGUGUUUCCCAACGACAUCACGAUGGAUGACAUCAAAGAGGUGGAGACGCUGCCCAGACACUAUAAGGUGGAUCAGGAUGAGGGACAUGCUGGAUUGGCUGCAGAGACGCAGGAGGUGAGCAGCACACGGCCAGAGACGGAGGUUGACAUGGAGGUCAGUCUGGACAUGUAUCAGAUCACGCUGGAAGAGGUGCUCACCUGGCUGCUGUCGGCCGAAGACACGCUGCACAUGCAGGACGACGUGUCCGACGACGUGGAGGAGGUCAAAGACCAGUUCCACACACACGAGGGCUUUAUGAUGGAAUUGACAGCCCACCAGAGCAGCGUGGGUAACGUCUUACAGGCAGGAAACCAGUUGAUCGCUCAGGGCAGCCUGAGUGAGGAAGAGGAGGAAGAGAUCCGAGAACAGAUGACACUGCUCAACUCCCGCUGGGAAAACCUGCGGGUCGCCAGCAUGGACCGUCAGUCCAGACUUCAUGAAGUUCUGAUGGACCUUCAGCAACAGCAGCUCCAGCAGCUCUCUGAUUGGCUGACGCAGACAGAGGGGCGGAUCCGUAAGAUGGAGACCGAGCCAAUAGCAGGAGACCUGGAGGGAUAUCUGGCCCAGAUAGAGCAGCACAAAGUUUUGCAGAAUGAUCUAGAGCUGGAACAGGUAAAGGUGAACUCUCUCACACACAUGGUUGUGGUCGUGGAUGAGAACAGCGGGGAGAGUGCAACUGCUGCCCUGGAGGAGCAAUUGCAGUCACUGGGGGAGCGCUGGGCGGCAGUGUGUCGCUGGACGGAGGAACGCUGGAACAAACUUGAGGAAAUUCAGCUUGUGUGGCAGCAGCUGCUUGAUGACCAGAGUUUGUUUGGAUCGUGGCUAGCAGAAAAGGAGAAGGCCUUGAGUGAAGUUCAGACCAGUGAUUUUAAAGACCCUAGUGAAAUAAAUGCCAGCGUGCGCAGAUUAGCCAAUCUCAAGGAGGACAUGGCCCAGAAGCUAAGGGCCCUGAAUGCUCUGUCAGAUGCUGGACAGGAUGUGAUGGUGCUGUUAAACAGUCCAGCCGCAGCUCAGAGGAUCCAAACAGACACAGACCUACUGACCCAACGCUGGGACAACCUGGUCCAAAAACUAGAGGACUGCUCCAGCCAAGUAACUGAAGCGGUGUCUGUGACUGGGAUACCCCGGGUACCAGAAAAGAUGGUCAUGGACACAGUCACAACACGGAUGGAGCAAACCUUCACCAGCAGCGAUCGAGAGCUACCGCCACCAGCUCCACCUAAAAGACGACAUCUGGAUACAGAUGGCGAGCUCAGGAGACUAGCUGAAACUGAUGUUGCCAAGCUUUUGUCACGGCUGGCUGCAUGGAAGUCAUCUGCCCGAGCUGCUGGAGAGACGCCUGGUCUGAAGGAAAAACUACAGACCCUGCGGAUGGAGCUUGCUGAAAACGAGGGGGCAGUGAAAGAGGUAAUGCAGAAAGGAGAGAAGAUGAUUGAACGGUUGGAGAAAGAAGGUCUGUCUUCAGAGGAGGCCCGUUCUGGCCUGGACUCUGUGCUUAAAGAAUGGGAGGGCUGCCAGAACCUGAUCCAGGAUCUGAGGAACCGAGCUCAAGUACUAGAGCAGGUGGCAGCGGUUCAAUCAAGACUGAAGGCUCUAGAUGGAGUCCUGCAGGAACCGGAGAAAUGGCUGAUCUCCACAGAAGGGUUUAGAGCAAAAAACAACCAGCAGGAACUCCAGACACUCAAAGACGACUGUGAGGCUCGGAUAGCAGAGCUGGAAAAGCUUCAGCCACAGGUGGAAGAUCUGUGUUCUCAGACGGAGAGUCUGGCCGCAGAACCUGGAGCCCCUGACACCACGAGGCCCAGUGUGACAGCGCUGGCAUCACGCCACAGCACAACCAUUCAGGAGCUCCAGACACGGCAGAAGGACAUCACUACAGUUUUGUCCAGGCUGGCGGGGUCCCGAGCGCUGCAGCAGAUGGGGUCCAGACUGAACACAGUCAGCGCUGAUAUCAGAGACAUCACCACGGCUGAGCAGGGAGUCAUCAAAGCUCAGGCUCUUUGUGCUGAGAUAUUGCAGCAGGGGCAGGAGGCAUCGAAGGCAGCAGAGCAGCAGGCCUGGACUGAGCUCUCCACGGCCGCCCAGGAUCAGCUCAGCAUGCUGAAGUGCAUUCUGGGUAGCAUGAAGGACACAGAGGUGAAGCGUGAGCAGGUGGAGCGCUGGCUGAAUGCUGCUGAUGAGCUGAUGUCUCGAGACGCUAGCGGCUUCAGCCAAGCUGACAAACAACAGGAAGAAGUCAACCAGUGCAAGGAGCUGGUGAGUGAGAUGGACAGCGUGGAUUCGUCUCUGAAGCAGAUGAGGGAGAAUGUGACGGCCGUGCAGCAGAGCUCAGUACAUGGUCUGAUCAGCUGGGGGCAGACGGAGCUGGACGACAGUCAGAGACGCUGGGACACGCUCAGUAAAGAGCUGCUGAGGCGUGAGGAGCGUGUGAGUGACGGUCAGGAGAGAGUGGGGAAUCUGAAGAAAGACGUGGCAGAGAUGCGCGAGUGGAUGAUUCAAGUGGACGAGGAGUUUCUGAUGAGAGACUUUGAGUACAAGAGCCCUGAGGAGCUGGAGGAGGCGCUGCAGGAGAUCAAGAGGGCUAAAGACGAUGUGUUACAGAAGGAAGUACGUGUGAAGAUUAUGAAGGACAACAUUAAUGUUCUGAAUAGUAAGACGCCCCCUGGUGGUCCAGACCUGAGCCCUGAGCUCACUGAAGUGCUGCUCAACUACCAGAAACUCUGCGAUCGCUUCAAGAGCAAGUGCCACACACUUGAGGAGGUGUGGUCCUGCUGGAUCGAGCUGCUGCAGGAUCUGGACGUGGAGUCUGGCUGGUUGAAGACACUGGAGGAGACAGUUCAAGCCACUGAGAACGUCCCAGAAAACACAGAGUCUGUCAGCGAGGCUCUGGAGUCUCUGGAGUCGGUUCUGCGUCAUCCGCGUGAUAACAGGACUCAGAUCCGAGAGCUGGCCCAGACUCUCAUAGACGGAGGCAUUCUGGAUGAACUCAUCAGCGAGAAACUGGAGAGCUUCAACUCACGCUACCAAGAACUGACUCAGCUGGCUGCUGCACGUCAGAUGUGUCUGGAGCAGAAGUUGGGGACUCUGAGAGAGAACGAGGUGGCCUUACAAACACUACAGAUGUCCCUGACACAGCUGGACCAGACGCUCACCUCGUACCUCACCGACCGCAUUGACGCCUUCCAGCUGCCACAGGAAGCCCAGGUCAUUCAGGGCGAGAUCGCGGCCCAUGAGGCCACACUGGAGGAUCUGAGGAGGAGGAAUGUAGGUAACGUAGCUCCAACGGUCCCAGAGGGCAAACCAGUGCGAGGAGGAACCCUCCUGGACCAGUUACAGCGGAAACUCCGUGAGAUUAGUACAAAAUUCCAGCUGUUCCAGAAACCAGCCAACUUUGAGCAGAGGAUGCUGGACUGCAAGAGGAUUCUGGAAAACGCUAAAGCCGAACUUCACAUCCUGGACCUGAACGACACACAACCAGAGGAGAUCCAGACCCACCUGAACGGAUGCAUGAAACUGUAUAAGAUCUUGAGCGAGGUGAAACUGGAGGUGGAGACGGUGAUUAAAACAGGAAGACAGAUCGUACAGAAACAGCAGACAGAAAAUCCUAAAGGAAUGGAUGAACAACUCACCGCCCUCAAAUUACUCUACAAUGAGCUGGGAGCUCAGGUGACUGAGGGGAAGCAGGAUUUGGAGAAGGCCUUGUCUCUGUCUCAGCGGCUGCAGAAGGACAGCGCCGCCCUGCAGGCCUGGAUGAGGCACACUGAGACGCCACUGAAAGAGAAGCUCAGCACAGGAGACAUGCCUGACGACACCGAGACGGAGAUCACAUGGGCCAACGGCCUGUUGAAGGAGUCUGAGCUCAAGAAGAGCGAUCUGUCUGUGCUGAUGGAGAACAGCGCCGCCCUGCAGGCUUUAGUGGAGGGCAGCGAGGCGAGGCUGGAGGAUCAGCUGUUUGAGCUCAAUGAAGACUGGGACCGUGUGCACACAAUGAUCGAGGACUGGAUCAGUGCUGUUCUGAAUCACAUGCGUGAGGUGGAGAUGUUUGAUGAGAAUUUGGCUCAUAUCAGCACAUGGCUCUAUCAGACGGAGAUACGACUGGAUGAGAUGGAGAAGAUGCCUGCAGUCGAGAAAGAGAGAAUGAUGAAGGCUGUGUUGGGUGAGUUGGAGGGAAUGAGUGUGCGUGUGGACAGUGCCCGUGAUCAGGCAGUGAUCUUGAUGACCAGCAGAGGGCCUGUGUGCAGAGAGCUGGUGGAGCCCAAACUGGCCGACCUCAACCGUAACUUCCACAAGGUGGCGCAGCACAUCAGCUCUGCUCAGGUGUCUGCUGGUCUGGAGGUCAGACAGGAGGAGGUGACAGAUGGGAGGUCUGCUCCUCUUCUCUCCUCCUCACAGAUACAGCUGUUUGAGUCAGACCUACAAGCAACUAUCAGAGCCCUGGAGCAACAGGAGAAAACACACACACCUGACGACGAGAGGCUGGAUGAGGAGAAAGCUGUUGAGGAGGUGCUGAGGAGAGGAGAGGAGGUGCUGCUGUCUGUCCCCGACGAGGACAUCUGCAGGAGACUCCUGCUGCUCCAGACAGGCUACAAGGUCAUUUCAUGCUCUCUUAACAACGUCAGCCACGUAACGCCGGUUCUGAAUUUCAAGCCACUUUCACACAUGAAACCCGUUAAAUUGCAGUAUUAA